AUGACUUCUGUCUACAUUGGAGCCGGUGGUGGCUCAGCACCAGGAGCCACAUCUCAGUAUUUCGGCGUAGGUGGUGGCGGCGGUGGAGGCGCUGGAGGUGGAAAACUGCCAGGUGGAGGAGGUGCGCCGGCUGGCGGGACCGGUGCACAGUCUGCCUAUUUUGGUGUCGGAGCAGGAGGUGCAGGAGCGCCUGGAGCACAAUCAGCAUACUUUGCUGUUAAUCCAACCGCAGCUGGUGCGGCACCUGUUGGCGGUGGUGCCGCCCCCAUGCGAGGACGCUCAACAAUGACUGCAGUAGGAGCACCAAUGGGAGGAGGUGCUUCAACUAUGACCGCAGUUGGCGCUCCCGCAGGAGGGCGCUCAACAAUGACCGCAGUAGGAGCACCAAUGGGAGGUCCAGGAUCAACAAUGACUGCAGUAGGAGCACCAAUGGGAGGCCCAGGAUCAACGAUGACCGCAGUUGGUGCUCCUGCUGGAGGCCCAGGUUCAACGAUGACCGCAGUGGGUGCUCCUGCAGGAGGCCCAGGUUCAACGAUGACUGCAAUUGGUGCGCCAGCA